ACCACAGGACACCAUUUCCAAGGUCUGAGACUUUAAAACUCUCUUUCUGGGAAAAUGAAUCAUUAAUUUUUAAGGGUACCAGAAAGCAGCUGCUCUUGAAAACCAUCUGCUACACUAGAGUUCGCCCUUUUUGACACAGAAAGUAUGAGCUGGGGAUUCCUACGAGACGUUCUAAGUGGAGUGAAUCAAUAUUCAACAGGAAUUGGCAGAAUCUGGCUGGCUAUCGUGUUUAUAUUCCGUCUGCUUGUGUAUGUAGUGGCUGCAGAAAAUGUGUGGAAAGAUGAACUGAAGGAGUUCGAGUGCAACAUCAGGCAACCUGGUUGUGAAAAUGUGUGUUUUGAUCACUUCUUCCCCAUUUCCCAGGUGAGGCUAUGGGCCUUACAACUGAUCAUGGUCUCCACCCCAUCACUUCUUGUUGUUCUCCAUGUUGCCUAUCGAGAAAACAGGGAAAAAAGACACAGGAAGAAAUUGUACAAGAACACAGGAAGCAUGGAUGGUGGAUUGCUCUGCACCUACCUUAUCAGCCUCCUUUCCAAAACAGCAUUUGAAAUCAGCUUUCUCUUUUUAUUUCACAAGUUGUAUGGUGGUUUCAACGUGCCCCGGCUCGUUAAGUGUGACAUGAGUCCAUGCCCAAACACAGUUGAUUGUUACAUAUCUAAGCCAACAGAGAAGAAAGUCUUUCUGUAUAUAGUGGUGGUGACGUCCUGCUUGUGUAUUGUCUUAAACAUUACUGAACUCACCUACUUGAUCUUCAAAUACUCCAUCAAAUGCUGUUUCAGGAAUUACAUCAAGAAAGUUCAAGAUACAAAACAUGAACGCAAAAACUCAAAUUCUAUUGACCAGUAUGGAACAAUCCUGGGCAGCAGAAAUGGUUCAGCUACUCUCUUCAGUAUUCAAGAUGAACGAAAUCUGCCUCCCAAUCCUCAUGAAGAAUAAAAGCACUGAUUGUUAAAUAAAUAACUCUUUAAAUGUAUGUUCAGAUAAUAGUAAGGCGGCUUGGGGAUUUUGAACAGCAGGAACUGUAUCUUUUUCACAUAGGGUUUUAUUCUAGUUAACUGAUUUUAACUAAUGAGGAUGCAAAAACCUGACUUACUGUGAACUGUUGUAUUAUUUAUGACAGAGAAUACUGAAAUGAGCAGUAAUUUUAAAAGACAGUAGUUUGAUAUCA